CAUUGCGGUCCCGCCACCCGCGGGUGGGCGGCGGGGAGGAUGAUCACCAACACGCGGGGCUUCCUGUGGUCGGACCUGGAGACGCGGGCGCUGCUGGAGAUCUGGGGGGAGGCGGACGUGCAGAGCGCCCUGGACGGCAACUUUCGCAACAGCCAUGUGUACCGGGACGUGGCCUGCCGCCUGGCCGAGCUGGGCUUCGAGCGCACGCCGGAGCAGUGCCGCAUCCGCAUCAAGGGCCUCAAGCGCCAGUACUACCAGGCCCGGGAAGGACUCAAGAAGAACGGGCACGCCCGCAAGAUCUGCAAGUACUACGACGAGAUGGACCGGAUCCUCAGCUGCAGGCAGGGAGGAGGGGGCGGCGGAGGCAUCGGCGUCGACGGGCACAACGCGGCCGAGCGGCCUCUCACCCCCGGGGCGGUAGCAGAUGGCUGCCACCGCCAGCCCUCCGCCUUCGCCGCGCCCCCUUCGGUCGGGCCCGGCGUCCCGCCGCGCAACAGCCGGGAGGCGGACCCGGAGGAGCCAGACGAAGAGGAGGAGGAGGAGGAGGAAGACGAGGAGGGCGGCGAGCUCGGGUCCCCCCGCCGGAACAACUUCCGUCACCACAACUCCGGGGAAUGCUCCUCUUACGCCGAGCACGCCAUCAAAGUGGAGUGUCCCCCCUUCGCCAUCCCGCUGCCGCCCGCUGAGGGUUUUAAACAAAUGAAUGCUCACACCAAUGCAUCACCCCUAUUGUCUCAGACUAAAAGAUCAAAAAAACGCCACACAAACUUAACCGUGGACAAAAUGAUGGAAAGGUUUCUGCAACAAAGUGUGGAGACUGAAGACAAGUUCUACAGAUAUGAAGAGCAGCGGCUUAAAAUUGAAGACAAGAGGAGAGAAGCUGAGCAUGCUAGAGAGCUCCAGAUGUUGCAGAUGUUGGGACAGAUGUUAGCAGGAAUUUCUUCUAUGGUAUCUCAAAGGUCACAGUGUAUAUCAAGCAACCCUUCUCAGAGAUCAAACCACCAGUCAUACAGAGAUAACUUUAACUAUAAUUCUAUGACAGCAGCACUAUCUCCACCCAUAGUUAUAGAGAGAUCAUUUUCAGUGCACAAAGCGCAUUCAAUAAAGGAAAUGGAGAAUAUAUUUCAGUUGGUGAGAAAUGUUAUUCCUCCUUUAACUGCCAAAAAACAUAAAGGCCAAGAUGGACGAAUAGGGAUCGUUGGAGGAUGCCAAGAGUACACAGGGGCACCCUAUUUUGCUGCAAUUUCAGCUCUCAAAGUGGGUGCAGACCUGUCCCACGUAUUUUGUACCAAAGAUGCAGCAACUGUAAUAAAGUCUUACAGCCCAGAGCUAAUUGUUCAUCCAGUUCUUGACAGCCCUGAUGCUGUUCAUGAAGUAGAAAAGUGGUUACCACGACUACACUCCGUUGUCAUAGGGCCUGGAUUAGGGAGGGACGACAUACUACUUGAGAAUGCCAAGGGUAUUAUAGAAAAAUCCAAGGUCAAAGGAAUCCCUAUUGUAAUUGAUGCUGAUGGUUUAUGGCUUAUUGUCCAACAGCCUUCUCUCAUUCAGGGUUACCCUAGAGCUAUUCUCACUCCAAAUGCUAUGGAGUUUAGCAGACUGUAUGAAGCUGUGCUUAGAGACCCUGUAGAUAGUAAUGAUCAUCAUGGGUGUGUGCUAAGACUCAGCCAAGCUUUGGGAAACUUGACAAUUGUUCAGAAAGGAGAGCGAGAUCUUAUUUCAGAUGGAGAAAAAGUGCUUGUAUGUAGCCAUGAAGGAAGCAGCAGAAGGUGUGGUGGACAAGGGGAUCUCCUCUCAGGGUCUCUUGGAGUCCUAACACACUGGGCCUUCCUUGCUGGGCCAGAAAAAACAAAUGGUCAAAAUCCGUUUCUAGUGGCUGCAUUUGGAGCAUGUUCGCUUACCAGGCAGUGCAACAACCAAGCCUUCCAGAAAUUUGGACGGUCCAUGACAGCCUCUGACAUGGUUUUAGAAAUUGGAGCAGCUUUUAAUAAACUCUUUGAAACCUAAAACCAAAGCAACAGAGGAGGAAGAACACACAGCGUUGGCAGUCAAGGAAACUAUUCUUGGACAUCCGUGCAGAAUGAACCCUUUUUCAAGUGCUGUUAGCAAUAUACUAAGUAGUUUUUUUAAUUUUUAAAGAUAGGAAAAAUUGUAGAUAUUUUUUAAAGAGUUUGGAAUACAGGUGGGUUUUUUUUUCAGCUGAAUAAGCUGUAGUUGCAGAAGUUAUAAUAUAAUAAAACAAAACUGAAAGUA